CAUCUGCGACUGCGACCCUGCGCGCCUGCGCUGCGCUCGCGCACCCGCUACGCAAACCGCGCCAAACUUCUCUACUUAUUUCAAACUAUAAAACUUCUAAUAAAAAAUUCCAACAUGAAGUAAAAAGAAAAAAAAACGUUUAGUGUAAUGUAUUUCUCUCACUGGCCAUUUAAGAUUAUCUAACAUAUUUACUCAUUGUUUAUUUGCUCUAAUAAAAAGCUAAGUGCAAAAGAGCAUAGGAUUACAUUAUUUCCAAGAUAGCGACGCAUCGAUAACGGCCCUGCUCACUCUCUUGAGACGGCACCGCAUGGUUUUCAGUUGUGAUACGGGCAACAAAAUAGAUAUUAUCAGAAGUGAUUGAACUUAUCUUGCAGUCUCCUACGUAGCGGCUGCGAAAACGGUUAAACGCCGGGAGAUGUGUAGAACUGCACUAUCAUAAAAAGUGACUGUGUGCCAAUUUAAGUGAUCAAAAAUGGUGAAAUUUUAUAGGAAGAGUGUGUCCCUUUCCGCCCUAUGGGUGUCGACAAACGAAAGGGUAAGCGACUUCUACGCGUCGUCAUGGCAACGGGGAGAUUCUCCUAUUCCGAUGCUGGUUAUCAGGCUGCUGCUGAUGGGGGUGGCGCUGGCGAUCCUCAUCUGGUCGCUAGUUGAAGCUCCGAACCCUUACUGGCUGAUCUACCUUACAAACUGGGGCCUCAUGCUAGAUGUUGGCAUGUUUUUGUGUGCACUCGUAGUGUCUUUCUCAGUCCUUUGCAACAGGCCAAACGAGGAAAAGGAGCUACCGUGGUACGCGAGCUUGUACUGGGUGGUGUUCAACAUAGCCGUGACACUGUCCAUCAUGAUCACCACGCUGUAUUGGGUGCUGUUAUAUAAUCCAGAGUUCCGAGACGAGAUGCCAGACCGCGCGUUCUGGCUGGACGUGUCAACGCACGGGAUCACGUCAUGCUUGAUGAUGGUGGAAGUACUAGUGUCACGGACUCCGGUGCGGUUCCUACAUCUGUACCAGCCGCUCGGCAUGGGCCUGUGGUAUGCGGUGUUCUCCGCCAUAUACUACGCGGCUGGCGGGACAGAUAUAAACGGCAGCUCGUUCAUAUACGAAGUGUUAGACUGGUCUGAAGGCAGACGCACGAGCAUCGUGGUGGCAGCUUCAAUGGCCGGUCUCAUAGUAGUGUAUGCGUGCGUUUGGGGCAUAGCUCUGUGCCGAGACAAGCUGUCCACGGUCCUAAUAAGAACCACCAGCCACGACUUAGCCGCAGCCCCGCCUGAUAGGCAUACGAGAAUCGUAUGAAUAACUUAUUAAAAACGUUCAAGGAAUUCGGAUCGAAACCUCAUUGAACGCGAACAACAAUACUGCACCGAAGAUUUGUCAACUUAGCUUUUUACAGCCUAGUCGGUUAUUUUUCUAACGUCAACUGACGUAAUUGGCCAUCAUAGUAUCGAUCAAAUGUCUUGGCCUGUAACGACCUAUCUCGUCUAAUAUUUAUCGCUCGUAAAUAUUUACUUGCAGUUGAUCUGAUUGUGUUUUCUGAAUUGAGUGAAGAAACAUCAGAUAACGUUAUCAUUUUGUUACGACUUACGCAUUUUCAUUAUUUAUUUUUCAUAUCCAUGACGCGUUUUCGUUCAGUGAGCGUUUUCUGAUAUAUAUUUCAACACUUGUAUAGUAUGUCAUAAUGUAUCUACAUUAUGAUCAGUAUUCAAAGGAAGCUCAACUAUAGACUUUAAGUAGGUUAAUACAAGACUACAAAUGUAGUACAAAAUACAUUGGUUUCUUGUGGAAAAACUUAACAACCGAGAAGCCUAUCAAUCAGAAAAUACUGGUUUACUUAAUCUAGUUGUAAAUGCUGAUAUACCCUUUCAUUUAAUUUUGUAAAAAUAAAUUAUAAACUGAAGGGCUGUACCUAUCGGUUAGACUUUAGAAACUUUCUGUAUAUUGUAGUAUACAUUAAAGUUUAAUUAAUUUUAAUAAUGUAAAUAUGUUAUAUAAGUAUUAUGCAAAAUAAACUCGUUUGUGUGUGAAA